CCGGCCUGCGAGGAAAAGUUCGCAGGCGGGGUGCGGGAGGCGCGGGAUGGAUGCGGGCCUCCCCGGGCUGCUCCAAAUAAGCGCCUUCUCCGAGUGUCGACGCACGUGCUCUUCCGGACUGUCUGGCCCGGGACGCCCGCACGGCUUCCGGACCCCGGAGACGCGCUUUAUUUGCUCGCUUCGAGGGGCCGCCGCUGCUCCUGCUGCUUCUCCGGACUCGCAUCGUUCGUCAGGGCCUUCCCGAGGAUGGCUGCUGCGCCCAGCGCCUCCUUGGCUCCUCCCUCUGUCCCUCUGGCGGCGUCGCUGUCGAGGCGUCCCUCGGCGUGGGAAGGCCCCCGGCGGGCGUCGGCCUGGGAGCAGCGGCGCUCGUCGGUCUUCGUGGACGCCGUGGCGGCGGAGGACCUGGUCGCAUGCCGGGACACGGACGUGACGCCUGUGUCCCCCGGCCAGCGGCACCACGUGGGCAUCUACGGCUGGAGAAAGCGCUGCCUCUACCUCCUCGUCAUCCUCCUCCUCGCCAUGGUGGUCAUGAACGUAGCACUCACCGUCUGGGUGCUCCGGGUGCUCGACUUCUCACUCGACGGAAUGGGUCGUCUCCGUAUUGUCGAAGGAGGCGUACAAAUCAACGGAGAUGCUGACAUCCUACAGGCACUCCACGCAACACAUGUACAGUCAAGGAGGGAUGACCCUCUCAAAAUAGAGUCUCCAAGGAACAUUACUAUGAAUGCGAGAAGUAAAGAAGGACGAAUAACAAAUAGGCUUUUUGUAGGUAAUUCAAUCGUUGAAGCGUUUGCUGAGGAAUUCCUGGUUCGCAAUACCGAAGGCAAGCUUUUAUUUCGAGCGGCCGACGGGGAGGUGGCAGUCGCUGCUGACACGCUACGAGUUACAGGACCGGGUGGUGUUAGGUUCGACGGCUCUGUGCAGACUCCCCUCGUACGCGCUGAAACCUUUCAGCAGCUCAUGUUGGAAUCUCCCACCAGGAGGCUAGUGGUCCAGGGACCUCAAGGAGUGCUCGUCGAAUCCAGGGCUGGCGAUAUCGGCAUAUCCUGCCAUCGCAACCUCACGCUGAAAUCAAAAGAGGGCGAGGUUCAACUGGAUUCAGACCGGAUUGUCUUUCCGAACCUCCGAACAGCACUUCCUGCCUCCUCGGGAAGUCCGUACCAAAACGUGUACCAGGUCUGCGUGUGCCAAAGUGGAACUCUAUUUCUCUCGCGUGCAGAAGGACAGUGCCAAGCCGACGAGUAUGUGUGCAAGUGAUCGCUGCACAUGUGUCAAAAUCGGUCUCAAAACUGACUCCUAUUUGCCUGUGAGGCUUUCUUAGUCCGCGAGGUACAGACUGGAGUCAAGAUAAAAGAGGGCAAUGACACAGCUUACUUAGACGUGUAGACCUAACAUAGUUUAAUUUUUUAUAUAAUUUAUCAAACUCUAUAAUUACAACAACAAAAAAGAAAGAACAUGCUUUGAACUUAGACGAAACGUUUUAAACCCAUCAAUAUAAUGACAUUUACCUCUUGGCCCCAAACGAACUGUGCUGCAGUGGUGAAGCUACGAAAUGACAACUUCGAGACUACGGGAAACGCUAGAUUCCCAGUCAAGCAAUUUGACCAAGUGAGCUAUACGCGCUGCACAACCGCUUCGUUUGGAAAAAUAACUCAUUGCUCACAGGGCGCUUCGUGAUCUGAGAAGAAUUCUAGGACAGGCAUCGUGAUAUCUCUUUAUUGUGUGCCAGCAGCACUGAAAGCUGAUAAUGCCACUCAUUGCCAGCUAUCACGCUGAUUAGUGAGAAAUAAAACACCGCAUUAU